AUGCGUUAUAAACGUGAGGGAUACAGUUGUUGCACUCUGGAGUGUUUUUAAUAUUAAUAGUGUUGCCGUAUGAUCAAAUACUAAAGACGCAAAGGAAUAAGGAAGCGAAGCGUGUUCAUCAUAUUUACAUACGGACGAAAGCUGAUAUACACGUCUCUCCGAAAUUUGAUACGUACACAUAAGAUUUUGAAGCAUCAGUAUAUAAUAUAUAUUGAUGCUUAACAGAUUGAGAAGAACGACCUAGAUACAUUGUGAAUAGUUCAACCUGUAUUGCAUUGUAUUGCAUGCAUUGUUGCCUCACAACGUUUGAACCGUAAUCUCGUCUAUAUACCAGUGUGGAGUACUCUACAUAUUUUUGAACUCGAAGCGAGAAAUCUAACUGUCUGAAAACGAAACUGGAAUACAGAUGACAUAAGGAAGACCGGUGCAUCCUUUGAGUGGAUGUUCAAUCUAUAGUCAUUGCUUCCGUCUGUCGCCGCACAAUAUUUGAAUCGUGAAGUGGUCCAUGUAGCUGGCUUUCCAUGGUACUAAUCAGGUUUAACUUCAACAUAAGGAAUCACUGCAACUCGAGCUCUGGGCAAGUAUGUAUAUUAUGUAUAUAUAUAUAUAUAGAAAAGAAUUUACCAAAUUUGACUGUCUGUUGAUUGUAUACUACCAAGAACAAAUUCUUUUAAACUGGUUCAAGAAAUAUUCAACAUUGUGGAUUUAAACGGCUGCAACAAAGCCGGAAGGAAUGUCCGGGCAAAUAGUGGUGUUAAAGUAGAGCAUUUAUGAUAUUAAAUUUGAUUCAUGUGUAUUCGAUAUACCAAAGACAAAUUAUAUUGGGAAUCUGUCUCAGGAAUAUUACCAUAUAAUGUGUAUUUGCAUCUAGUUUGAGUUGAUUUAAACGGAGUUUGUAGCCACGAAAUCUGAGCAAAUAAUAGGGCUGAGCAAUACUAUAUAGUUAAGGAAAUCAAAUUUGGCACUCGGACAUUCAAAACGAUAUUUAAUUUAAAGCAACUUAAAGAAAGAUCGAACGCAUUAUAUAUUGUAUUUGCCCUGGUAUUUGCGUUGUACAACAUUGUGUUUUUUUGACAGACAGUUGGAUUUCAACUAAGCUUGUACUAUAUAUAAAUUAGGAUGAUACUUGCACGGUAGUAUUAACCUGUGUAUUAACAUACUACCACUUCGAAAUUUGAGACCACAUUUGGUAACACACGACCAACACUUCCGCAUUCAAAGUGCUAUUAUCUAUAUAUGUGAAUGAGCUGAUAAUUGAACAGCUGUAACCGGUAGGGAAAAUCUGGACUAAAAAGUAUUUAGAAUACAGGUUUAUAUGAAUUGAUAUUAACGAGUCCGAGAUCUCUAUGUCAAUCGGAACUGAUAUUGAGAAGCUGUAAACCUAUAUGUACUUCCAUGAUUGUUGACCAAGUAAUUAUAACUACCGAGGACGACUUGACUAAACUAAGUUUUGUUCUGUUCCAUAUAGAGGUAUCUGGUUUGAAUCGCUAUCAAAGUAGUCGCAGAAACUCAAGCAGUAUACUUUGUGCCUAGCACACGGUAGAAGAUUAGCUGAAUCAAAUAAGGAUACUUUUGUGAUUGUGGACCAACGCACACUCGUGUUUGCAGAAAAGUACGUAUGUAAUUCAAUAUCAAUCUGAACAAACCUAUAAAGUUUCUGGAAAAUUAAAUCGUUUUUCAAAGUUAACAAGGCUGCUGUUGCAAGAUGUCGGAAUCUCAAGAGUACAGACUGGCACAGUCGCUUGUUUGGAGUCAACAAGACUUUAGCUUAGCCGAGUUUGUCAAGCAGUAUCAGUUACCGCAAGUGGUACUAGUCGAAGUAGGUUAUUGCGGUACCAAUGAGCGGACCACUUUUAGUGGUGGUCAAAUUCUGACUCUACAUACCUUGCGUACGACCAGUAAAAUAGUAUGCCAGGUUCCUCAUAGUAAUGCAGUGGUGGUUCAUACAAGCUGCCCGCUUAAAGCUGAGGUGAUACCUAUGGACUGUAGGGACACGAUAGUGACCGCUCAUCAAUUGUCUACAACAUACCAGAAAAUCAAAUACGUUCGAGUUAUGGAAGUUGGCUCAACUUGGAAUAAUAAUUCGUUAGAGACUUUAAAAAUGAACGAUAUACUACAGAUCAAAAGAAUCGAUAGCAAAAGCUCGGUGAUACGAUGUAAAAACAUCACAACUGCACAAGAUGUGUCGAUUUUAAUUGAUUCCACUGCCGUAUUUGUGCCAUUGUUGGACUCAAAUACCUACAGCUUGGCUGAGGUUCAGAAAAAAUUCGGACUCCCGGCUAAGGUUCGCUUUUUGGAUAAAAGAGCAGAAAUUCAAAUGCGUUCAGUACCUGGAAAUAGAAAUGCACCGAGGUCUUCGACAUAUUUGUCAAAUUUGGGUCAGCUGACAGCCAUUGAAGAAAUACAAGAUAGCGAAGUAAUUGUUACGACUGUGUGUUCCAACCUUGAAGAGAAGGUAGGUGUAUUUAGUAUUUUGUAAUUCAAAAGAAACUAGCUCUAUUUAGGAACUAACUUUAUUUAGAUCCAGUAAGGAUAAUAUUAUUGGUCCAGUGUUACUAUACAGAAAGAAACCUAAACUAAACUGACUUAAUUUAUUUACACUGGGUAGCUCUAUCAGCUCUAACUGCUUUGCCUAGAGGUCUAGCAAAGACAAACCCUUGUUGGUCCAGUAUUACUAUACAGGAGGAAACCUAAACUUAACCUACAAGAUCAUAUCAAGAUCUUGGCGAAUUCUUGACAGGAUCAUGGCAAGACCUUGGCAAGACUGUAGCAAGAUAAUAGUAUAAUCAUUGCAAGAUAUUGGUGAAAUAUUGACAGAAUCAUAGCAAGAUUGUAACAACAUCAGAGUAUAAUCAUUCUAAGAUCUUGGUAAAAUCUUGACAGGAUCAUGGCAAGAUUGUAACAAUAUUAUGGUAUAUUCAUUCCAAUAUCUUGGUGAUAUCUUGGCAGAAUCAUAACAAGAUUGUAACAAGAUCAUGGUAUAAUCAUUCCAAGAUCUUGGUGAAAUCUUGACAGGAUCAUAGCAUGAUUGUAACAGAUUGUAACAAGAUAAUGUACAAUCUUUCCAAAUCUUGGUGAAAUUGUGUCAGAAUCAUAGCAUGAUUGUAACAGAUUGUAACAAGAUAUUGGUACAAUCAUUCCAAGAUCUUGGUGAAAUCUUGACAGGGUCAUAGCAUGAUUGUAACAGAUUGUAACAACUAACAAGACCUUGGUACAAUCAUCUUGGUAAAUUUUUGACAGGAUCAUGGCAAGACCUUGGCAAGAUUGUAGCAAUAUCAAUUGGUAUAAUCAUUGCAAGAUAUUGGUAAAAUAUUGACAGAAUCAUAGCAAGAUUGUAACAUCAUAGCAUACUCAUUCUAAGAUCUUGGUAAAAUCUUGGCAGGAUCAUGGCAAGAUAAUAGUACAAUCAUAUCAAGACCUUGGUGAAAUAUUGACUGGAUCAUGGCAAGAUCUUGGCAAGAUCAUGGUACAAUCGUACCAAGAUCUUGGUGAAAUCUUGACUGGAUCGUGGUAAGAUCUUGAAAGAUCAUGGCAAAAUUCUGGUCAGCCAUAACAAGAUCUUGGGAGAAAUGUAUGCAAAUAAAUAUUUUUUACAACACUCGUCACUCGAGGUAUUUGUCAACAGAAUAGUAAAAUCAUGGCAAAUCCUCAACGUGGAUCACUACAGGAGCAGGAGAAAACCAAAACUAAAUUAUCUAUACUGGAUAGCUAUAUACCAGUUCUAAGCUAAGCUGUUCUUCCUUUAAACAAAACCAUUAGAUUUAAUUGGUGGAGACCAAAUCUUAUUCUAUUGUAUUGUAUCGUAUCGUAUUUUAUUGUAAUGCAUUGCAUUGCACUGCACUGCACUGCACUGCACUGCACUGCACUGCACUGCAUUGUAUUGUAUUGUACUAAACUAAAUUUGUUGUGUUGUGUUGUGUUGUGUUGUGUUGUGUUGUGUUGUGUUGUGUUGUGUUGUGUUGUGUUAUAUAUAUAUUCAACACCAUUUUAUCAUUUUUGAUUUUAAGGUAUGCCUAAAUGUUCCAACGACAUUGGACAUCAGGAUAACAGUGGCCGAGGGAUUCUUACAGGGUGAUGAAACCUACCAAAAAGUUGUCAAAACCCUAGACAAACAAUUGAACCGCACAAAUCUCAAAGCUUUCGAUGACUUGGACGUCUACGAACAUAUGGACGCGGUCAAAAAGACAAUGGAGGAUAUGGCUAAGGAUUUAUCUGUUGAGGACGCUUCACGGGACAUUCUGGAACAUGCUCGCGAACAUUUGGCACGUGUUGAACGUCAGACGUCUGUGAAAGCGCACUCGUCUGAAAAGCCACCAAAACUUCUGCCCAGGGGACGACAACCAAGUACAGGAGAUAAGGUGACUAUAGCAUACAAUCCUGGUCAAAAAUAUUGGCACAUUUUACAUUAACAUUGCUGAAUUUGACACCCACGGCAAUAAGAAGCAUAUCUAACACCCCUUCCCCCUACAAUAUUGUGUGUAGUGUUUUAGACUCGUAAUGUGUUAUGCAACAUUGUACGGGGAAGGGUUGUCUGAACAGUGGCAGAAACGGGGGGGGGGACGGCAGGCGCCUCCCCAAUAAUUUUGAAAGACCUAUAAAAGUCUGGUACCAAAUAUCACAAUUCACAAGCAUGCAAUCACACCCAUAUAACGUAAUUAAACAACAACGCUAAUCGACAUGAUUAAUAGACCUUAUGCAUAAUGACGUCACAAGGCUUGAUGCCCGCGAGGAAUGCUAGUCUUAGUAGUCAUCGCCCGGAAAUUUUGAAUUGUUUAAUUUUCCCGGGCGAUGACUACUAAGACCAGCAUUCCUCGCAGGUACAGCAUCAUGCCUUGUGACGUCAUCACGCAUAAGGUCUAUUGAUUAUCAUAGAAAAAGUAUCUAAUGUCUGUCAAAUGGUGCAACUUGGGCUCAUAAAUUCAUUUCAUCAAGUGACCCAUGUUCUGAAAGAUUCGCAUAAAGCCUGUUAUCCACUUCAACGUACCGUAGCAUUUUCUUUUGUGUCGAAUUCAUUAGUUCCACACUACCUCUCAGGAAACAAAGUAAUACGUUUCGGUAUGAUUGGAGUGGAAAACUGGCUUUACUUAGAGCCUUAAACGGACACCGAAACCCCUUUGGCAUACAUGUUGAAAAUUUCGCCCCCCGGCCCCCCCAAUAUUUCGUCAAGUGUCCGUCACUGUGGUACAGGAAGUUGCUGAACUUAUUGUUUCAGCUGAUUAUGUUUCCUUUAAAUCGGCAUAUGGAAAGUGCGACGUUUGAACUAGGUCUAAGGGUAGACUUAAAUAACUCUUUGUAUGCGUUUGGUUAUCGAGGAAAAUUGUACAGUUGAUUACCAUGCUAUUGUUAUUAAUUUAAAUAUUUAUUAAGCCACCUCCAAGACCACCAAAACCAGGACGAAAACCUGACCCAAAACCGCAGAAAAACCCUGGCAACAUAUUGAAGAGAUGGGUAAGCAGACAAAGCAGUAAUAAGAACCCCACGAGCCCCACCAGCCCUAAGAGCCCCACCAGCCCUAAGAGCCCCACCAGCCCCAAGAGCCCCACAAGUGAAGACUCGAGCGAAGAGGAGUACGCAGAACCAUUUCAGCGAGCAGAUGGAAUUUAUGCUAGUAUUGAUGACAUCUAUGAAGAAGCGAUCUCUCAAAGUUCAGUGUCCGAGGAUAGUGAUUAUUCUGAAUAUACUGAGUUGGAUAGCGCAUACAAAUCAGUAAGCCAGAAGCCGUACGGAAAACUUUUAAAGAACCCACCGAAAAGCGAACAGGUAAGCCUACCAGUGUGACUGCGAGCGGUUCCUCCUUUCCGCGGGUUUAGAUUUCCGGGCAUGCGAAAGGAAAAGAGGGUCUGCCGACAACAUAUCAAGAAACGAAAUACGCGUUGCCCACACAACGCAAAAUUUCCAUUGGUCGAAAUCGAUACGCCUGUCAAUCAAAUCCGAUACGAAGUAAUUAUGCUAUAAAUAAUUUUCAGACUAAAUGUUGAUUUUAUAAAUAAAUAUGACAUUAGUUAUGACAAAGUAAUGUUUAUGCAAAGGCGGAGCCAACUUGACAAGAGCGAGAAGUGGGCGUAUUUCGUUUCUUGAUUUGUUGUCGGCGGUCCCUCCUUUCUCCCGAGGAACUACUCGCCAACAUGGCGGAAAUUGAAAAGCUAUUGGACGUCAGUCCCAGUCCCUUUCUAUUGUUUUUGUCUGCGCGGUUAACACGAAGCUGGCAAGGAGUGUCCCAAAAUUUCAGUAUUUUGACAUCGAUUAAACUGAUAACUUGUUUAGCAAUACGGUCUGUGAAAAACUGAAUUAGCUAGGGGAAGUGGUAUUAACACAGUUUACGACUUUCAUAGCCAUUGGACGUCAAUUUCCGCCAUCUUGGCCUCACUUUCAUUGGUCGUUGAAUGACUGAAGGUACUUGCUCCAGAUAUAUUGAGCUCACUGGCCCUAACUACUGUAUAUAGGAUUUUAUAUUUACCGAGUCGAGCGCGGAAGGCCGCAAAAGAAACAUCUAGGGGGGUCUGGGGGCGAAACGUUUUGAUGUGCUAAGGCUUAGAAACACUAUUUCUUGCAUUCUGAGAGCAGUUUUAACAAAACAUCAAUCUCAUAAGCAGUGGCACAAUUGAUAAAUUUAAAAACUAUCCAUUAUUGUAUAUUUUAUGCAUUACCAGGCUAAUAAAAUUUUUCAGCAGAUAUACUAUUUAAGGCAAAGUGUAAGAGUUUUAGACUGACAACAACAAUCCACGCAAGUGGAAUUAUAGCCCUUUGAAAUGUGAGAAAAGUACCAAAACGAGGAGGCUAGUCAGUCUUCUUUGCUAAAUUGAGCAGAUACUUUAAUACGGUACCCGGACAUUUUGCCGAAAGAUACUUUGCCGAAAGACAUUUUGAAAGGCAAAAUGUCCAUUCGGCAAAAUGACCGUUCGGCAAAACGUCUGUCGGCAAAAUGUCCGUUCGGCAAAAUGUCUUUCGGCAAAAUGUCUUUCGGCAAACUGUCUUUCGGCAAACUGUCCGGCCACCUUUUAAUACAUGGUAUUAUAUUUAUAUUUUGUGAAACUGUUAAGGCUGAUUUAUACUACACAAUUUUUGUAUAAAACUGCCGCACGCAACCUGCUUACAACUUGAGUUGUACUGUGUAAAUCAAGUACACAACUCGCUUAUGUUGGCAUAAAUGAGUUGUAUGCUUGAUUUACACAAAACAACUCAUGACAAGUUGUAAGUAGGUUGCAUGCGACAGUUUUAGGCAAACGUAGUGUAGUAUAAAUCGGCCUUUAGUCUUGAAAUAUUCUAUAAGCCAGCAGUGAUUAUACUCUGGUCGAAAUUAAUUUAGGGAAAAAAAAUUAAAAAAUGAAAACCAUUUUUCGAAGAAUCCUAAUAUAGUAAUUUAAACCACAAUCUUUGAAUUAGGUCUCAUAUCGACGAUCGCUAAAAUUAAACGAUUUUGAUUAGCAGGAGGUAUAUAUAUUAAUUAUUUCUGAAUAAAACUAGAGGGCACCCGGAUAAUGUAUACCUCCACCAGCGAAUUAAAUUAUUUAUCAUGCAUAAAUUAUACAAUGGGCUAAUUAUUACGCAUCAGCCCAGCAAAGCAAGACAAACUUUCGCUAAUGUCGCAUCCACUUUCAUUCAAAUUUAACCAGAAUUUCAUCAGUUUGUCCAUGGGCAAUGUCCAUUAGUUCCACAAAUUUUCGUACUAAUACGUUUGUUACUCAGUAAGUUAUCGCGCUAACAAAAAAACACACGCACACACAUACACAUACAAACGCGAAUGAAAACACAAAUGGAGGCAGCAUUAUACAAUAAUUCAAGAAAGAGUAUUUCACAAUUUAGUAAAUAAUUUCACCUCUUCACUACACGGACAUCUUUAUGCUUAUAUGAUCAUACUAUUUCUACAGAAAUCAUCAAUACAGAGAAUCCCCCUACCAGCACCACCACCACCAACACAGACUAGAAUCCCUCCACCUUUACCAACCAGCCCACCACCCCAGGACAAGCAAGCUAUCUAUGAAGCAAUUUCCAGAUACCCUCAAGACCUAUCUGCUCUAACUGUUGCAGACGUUAAGAGACUGUUGAGGUAUUUAGGCAUGGGUGCCUACGUGGAAACAUUUGAAAACGAAUUGAUUGAUGGAACGAUGUUAAUGACAUUGGACCAAGAGUCGUUAGAGUCGUUGGAUGUGCAAAUAUUCCAUUCUAAGAAAUUGUUGCGGUUUAUUGGUGGUUGGCGUCCCAAUGUUUAAAACUUCAGUCGAACGAGAGUUCAUGAGAGGUAUGCAGUCAUGCAUAUUACAAGGAGUAUGGAACGCCAUACUGGACAAAAUUACUUAUUAAAGAUUAUUUACGUGAACAUGGCCAGAAAUCACGGACACGAUUAUUCCAAUUCCUUACUAAUUUGCAUAUCAUCGAUGCGUAACCCGUAGUCGUUUGCAAUUUGCCUCAAUUGCUGGUUGCAGAAUAUAGUUUGUUGACAAGAUAUACUUAGUGUAAUAUUUCCCUGGUGUAAGUUAUUGCUUAUUCUGCAUUCUCGCUUGUUCCUAGUGGCAGUAGUGCAGCGGUAAAAUGCAGAAUAGGCAGUGACUGAAAUCAGGCCAGCAUCACACUAAAUACUUCGUAAGACUGUGUUGUGCAACCAGCGAUUGAGGUAUGUUGCAAACGACCUACUUUAUUCUCAGAUUUCGCGACAACGUUGCGUCAUAUAAUUCACUGUUUACUGUUGAAGCCAAUAUUUCAACGUGAUAUAUGCAAAUUACGAAGUGGCAGGCCCUCAAAUUUAUGGGGGGGGGGGGGGGAGCCAAAAUCCUGCCCGCUGCAAAUCAGGCCCCCCAUAAAUUUGGGGGCCUGCCACGCAGGCUAAUUACGAAGAAGUAGCAUAAAUCAUGUCCGUAAUUUCUGGCCAUGACUUGACUUCAUGCUUCAACUACUCUACAAACUGUACAUAAUACUUCGAAAUAUCCCCCGUAAUAUCUGUAUCACACGUACCGCGUUCAGUAAUGUUUUGCAAUCGAGUAAUGUUUUGCAAGUCAUACACAUGUACUAUGUAAACGUAAGGGUUAAUACUUAAUCUAACAGGCGAAAAGUCUUACGGGCCUUGCCGUAUUGAGAAAUUUUAGGGCCAUAUAUAUAUUUAGAAGUCUUACUGGCCACAUGCAUUUGCUCAUUUAGAAUACGGGCGGGGUUCGGUCAUUUAUUGAGCAUUACCUAGCUCGAAUAUUACGAGCGGAGUUUAUAUGUUUACGGACACGACGCUUGCAGGUAUAUUGCGGGGAUAUAUAUUUCGAGUUAUUAUAUGCACAGUUUGUAGGGUAGGCGGUUCACACGCGAAACAUGAUGUUUUAUACGUGAAGAUUACGUGCCAGAGAAGUUUUAAAUACUAUCAAGUAAUUUUGUCCAGUAUGGAGUUCCAUGCAUACAGGGGACAUGCUCUAGAUUAAGGAAAUAAAGGUUUAACGAGUGUUCCAACAAUGUUUUAACUUCAAUAAAAUACAUGAUGGCGCUGGGAAAGCAUUAAGAACAGCUAACCAAUGUCGCGUGUCUGCCAACUCUCAUGCACUCUCAUUUUCGUUUGAUCCGGGCUAAUGUAUGAAGAUCAGAAUUUUAUCUUGAAGUCUUUGAGCAAUCGAACGGGGGACAGUUUCACGUUAUUUAUACUCACUACACUGAAUAUUUUUAGCAUUCAAAAGCCAACAUUUUAUUACCUGGCUUCAAUUUUGAGGACAAUUUUGAGGACAGACUAAAAAGUAAUUCAUUAUAUAACAGGUCAGUUUAGUAUAUGAAAUCAGAUAUUGUUACUGGUUUAGUGUUUGCAUGGAAUGUUUAUCCUCGAUUAGCGUUAAACAAUUAGAGAAAAUAGUUUGUAUGAUAAAAUAUGAACUUGUAAUUGGGUAUGUAGCAGCUCAUAACAUGCAGGCAUUAAACUUGCUAGAAGCUGU